UAGGCCACUUUUACGUCAUUGGAACCUGUAUAAAUACGGGUUGAGCAUUUAGCAUUAUUCAGAUGUAGAUAGGUAGUUAGACUGAUCAUUUCCCCUGUUAAAUAAAUUAUUGCUCGUCGUGGACAUUGUAACAGCCACAUCGCCGCGAGUAAUAAUUCUCUACCCAGUUUUUAACUGUUAUUAAUAUUUUGUGUUUAUUCUAAGUGUUAAAUCAAUAAACCAGUAAUUUUUCUAAGUAUUUAAUUAAAAGUGUUCAAUUAUUAAUAUUACCUAUCUCUCUCAACACGUCUCAAGAUUACGUACAACGUGCUACGUCGUUAAAUAAUUAAUGUGUUACCGAUCGUAGUGCCUGCACAACGCUCGCUACACAAUCUUCAUCCCAGCUAGAUUCAAGUAUUUGCAAGAUGUCUAUUUCCAAUACAGAAAUGCAUAAAAGUGUAUCACGUCUUUUGGAGAAUUCUCAUAUAAUCAUAUCUCCAGAAAAUGAAUGGUUUAAACAAUGUGUGGAUUUUUUUAUGUCAGAUAAUCCAAAUUAUAAUGCAAAUGAUUUAUCGUCUAUGGUCACAGAGCAAUUAAGUUUAUCUGAUUUUCAAGAGAUUGCAUUAUCUAGUUUACCACCCAAUUUAAAUAACUUUGAAAAAAAAAUAUUGAGUGGAAAAUAUUGUCUUCAAGUAAAUACUAUUCUUGAUGUUGGCCAAUCAUGUUAUUCGCAAUAUAAUGUUCUGGUAAAAAGAGAUACCAGUAAUACUGAGAUUGGUGAUAGUAAACCAGCACCUUGGGAACCUAAAUCACGUAGAAUGCUAAAAAUGAUGUGCACUGAUGGUAAACAAACUGUAAUGGCUAUGGAAUAUGAACCUUUGUCUUGCCUCAAAGAGCCAUUUAUAUCUGGUUUCAAAAUUGGUGUCACUGGACCAGUUGAAUACAGAAAAGGAGUUUUAUUAUUAAAAUCAAAUAAUGUGCACUUUAUUGGAGGCGAAGUUGAACAUUUAUUAAUUAAAAAUGCACCAUUAAAUGUCUUAUGUAGAGCCCUAAACAAACCAGAAUUAGAAAAUCCAUACAUGUUUUCAAAUAUAGAAGUUGAUAAGAAUGCUAUGGAAGUACAAGAAUCACACACUAUAAAUCCACGAAGACAAAUAGAUGGACCACAAAUGAAUGAAAUGACUCAAAAUAGUGUUAAUCAAACUAAUAAUAGUAAUUCUGUUAAAAAUGGAGUUAUUACAUUUGAUGAUUUUUUUGAUGGUGAUGAUGAUGAACUAUUAUACUUGACUCAAGUUGUCGAAAUUGAAAAAAGAUUUUCGCAAUCUAAUAAUAAAAUGAAUUCAGUACCUUCGGCCACAAUAAAUACACAAAAUAGUACAAAAGCCUAUAACCCAAAAUUAUCUAUUCUUAAAAAUAAUAAAAUUACUAAUAAAAAGCUUAUAUCCACCAUAAAACAAACCAAAAUAUCAGAUAUGUUAGGUUCAAGUACCUCUGCAGCAUCUAGUAGUUCAGUAACUGAAUCAACUAGACCGAUUAACAUGUUUGAUAUGUUUGGUCCUAGUACUUCUUCAUCAUCUAAUAAUUUACUGGCCAGAUCAACAAAGUGCCAAGCUGAUGAAUCAAUAGAAAAUAAUUGCAUGGCUAUGAAACAAUCAUCAGGAAAACGAGUCGCUAGUUCUCCAAUACAAGCAAAAACUAAAAGGCCAUCAAUUGAAAUUCACAUUCCCGAAGAAGAUUGGGACCUGUCUACUAUGAAUGUUGACAUUGAUAUUUCAGACCCACUAGUUAAGGUUUUUAAGUCUGCGUCUAUUGUUAAAAACUCUAAAAUACAAGUCAAACAAAAUGAAUGGAUAUGCUCUGGCAUUAUUAAGGAAGAAACAAAAACCGAGGAAGUUGAAUUUUCUUCAAAAGUACUGGAACAUUUAAUUGGAAUUUCAUCUGAAGAAGUUUUACAGUUCAAAAAUAAUCCUUUAAAUAAUGCUUCACUAAAAGAAAAAAUUGAAAAAGGAAUAAAAGGAGCAUAUAGAAAAUUACACCUAUUUAAAGUUUCUGUGGAUUCAAAAAAGAAAAAGAAGAGUGGUUACGAAUUUCGGGUGGCCAAGAAAAUGAAAGCAUUUCAAAUGUCUGCUAAUUCUUCUCAAAAAAUAACUCAUUUUUAUACAAAUAACGUUGUUGGAGAAUCAAGCCAAACUUCCUUAGAAAACCCAAAACCAGAUGAACGAGAUCAGAUCAACAAAAAUCAGAAUGAAAAACUAGAGUUAGCAGAAUUAGAAAAAAUACAUGAAAUAACAACUAAAGUUAAAGUAAAAGAAUCAAAUAUAGAUUUUCUUAAAUAUAAAAAUCAAGAUGCGGAAAUCAAUGAAAAUUCAAAAGAAGUAUUGGUAGAAACAAUAGAAAUAAGACAAGAAUAUCAUCAAGAUAUAACUGGAGAAAUUGUGCAAAAAUUAUUCGCUAAUGAAAAAAUCGAUGAAGUUAUAAACUAUUUUUGUAAGCCGAAAAGUAUUGAUAUAGUCAACUUUUUUAUUUUUCAUCCAAUUCAACCGACCAAUUCUUCAUUAAUUUCUUUACCAUUUAAUGAAAAAAUAUUUUUUAGUGACCAAGGGGAUUGUAAAUUUAAUCGUAAAUGGUUGACAUAUGAUGAAAACAAUCAGAAGCUCUUUUGUAGUGUAUGCUUAGCUUAUAGCGAUGAAAGUUCUAAGUUUUGCUCUGGAUUCAAUGACUGGAAACAUACAAGUCAACGAAUUAAAGAACACGAAAUAUCAAAACAUCAUAAUUCAUCGGUCAAAGCAUACAUCAGAGAAAAAAGGGAAAAGACGGUUCAACAUUUAUUGUGUGGUGAACAAUUGCAAAAAAGAAAAAUUGAAGUUAAUGAAAGGCGAUGUGUACUAUUGCAGAUUAUUGAAGUCAUAAAAUUAAUUGGUAAGCAAGGAUUACCAUUUAGAGGCGACAAAAGUGAAGCAGCUUAUAAAUUAGAUGAUUCCUCGUUAAACCAUGGCAAUUUCUUGGAAAUCAUUUUAUUACUGUCGAAAUCUGAAAAUAUAUUGAAAUCUCACAUAGAAAAAUCGAUUAAAUUAAGUAAGGAGCAUCAUGAUAGAGCACAAAAUAUAAAUAUGAAAGCAUUGAAGACCACUACUAAAAUUGGAAGAGGAAAUCUAGUUACAUUUCUCAGUGCAACUACAGUAACUACAAUAAUAAAGUUGAUUGGUAAGGAAAUUAAAAAUAUGAUCUCAAGAGAAGUUAAAAAAGCCAAAAUAUUUUCUGUUAUGAUGGAUACAACAAUGGAUUUAUCAUCAUAUGAUCAAUGCUCGAUUGUCCUUAGAUAUGUACCACAUAAUGAAGUAUGUGAACGGUUAAUAGGGCUGAAACACGUAACUUCGACGUCUGGGAAUUCACUUUUUGAAACUUUAAAGGAUACAUUGGCUGAACUUGAUUUACCACUGAAUAAUUGUGUGGCGAACGCUUUUGAUGGUGCGGCUAACAUGAGUGGUCAUUACAAUGGUGUAACCGCUAAAUUGUCUGAAGUAAUCACUAAUCAUGUUCAUACAUGGUGCUAUGCGCAUGUAUUAAAUUUAGUUCUUUCUGAUACAACUCAAUGUUUGACUCCUUGUAUGUCAUUUUUUAAUCUUGUUCAAGAGGCAUUCGUAUUUUUUAAGGAAUCCUAUAAAAGGUUAGCUGUGUACCAUAAAGAAAAUCCAUCGCUAAAACUAGCUGCUAGUGUAGCAACUAGGUGGAGAAGCAGAAAUGACGCAAUUGUUAAAAUAUUUGGUAGGAUUGAUUUUUGGAUUAAAGGUGAUUUAAGUCCAGAAAAUGAGUCAAAAUUUGCUUACAUUCAACUAUUAGUAGCUCUAUACGAAAUAUCAAUUUCUAACCAAUUUAAUUCAAAAAUUAGAAACGACAGUCUUAGUUUAAUGAAAAAGUUUUGCUCUUAUGAAACCGUUUUAGUCGCAAUGAUGUUUCUGCAGAUAUUUAAAAUAAUAACACCGCUAUCCGAUUACCUUCAAACAAAACAUCUAGAUUACAUUCAAGCUUGGCGUCAUGUUUCUAGUGCCCAUAAAAGCUUACAAUCGGUUAGAAACCGUUUUUGUGAUAUAACAAAAGCUGCUAAAACAUUCGUAGACUUUGUAGUUAAAAAAAUUGAUGAAAAGGAGCUUCUUCGUGAUAUUGAAAUAGAAGAAAACCUUCCGAAGAAACGAAAACGCACUGUGAAACGUAUGGACGGUGAAUUAACCCGAGAUGAAGAAGUUUCCACAGAAGAAAUCGAUCAAUUUUGUAUAAAAAUAUUUAAUUUUACAAUGGACACUAUUAUAAAUAGUUUAGAAGGUACGAUUCUUAGCUCAUCGGAUUUUAUAUACAGAUUUAGAAUGUUUCGACCCUCAAAGGUUUGAUGAUAUAAGAAAAAAUGGUUUAUCAUCUAAUGCUUUAUUUAAAAUAUGUGAACUUUUACCCUCUAUUGAUCAGCCAAAGCUCAAAGAAGAACUUAUUUCUUUUGCUACAUCUUGGCCUUUAAUUUGUGAAGUUGGUUUACAGAGUACGUAUGAAGAUUCAAGUCAAAUCGAUACCGUUGAUGAUGAUGAAUGGGCUAAUGAGGACGAUUUUAAGUUGUGUAAAGUAAAAGAGUGUAAUGUAUGUCUAUCAUGCGCAUUGCGUAUAAUCACUGAUUAUAACAUGUAUUCCUUACAAUACACGGAAUUGUACAAAGCGUAUAAAUAUUUAUUGACUCUGCCUCUGCCACAAGUGACCUGUGAAAGGUCAUUUUCAAAAUUAAAAUUAUUAAAAACGCGAUUAAGGUCCACUAUUGUGCAAGACAAUUUAGAAUCAUUAUUCUUAAUGCAGUGUGAAAGAGACAUAGUAAAUCAAGUUGAUGGAGAUCAAAUCAUAAAUGCUCUAUGUUUGAACAGUAAAGAAAUGCAACGUCUACUCACAUAAAAAGAUAU